CAGGAACCUGAGCAAGCUACAUUUGAUUCUUGCUACAGGAGAAACCUGUACUGACUCGUGUACGCAGAUGGGAGACCAAAGGAAACAACGGUUACCAUUUUACACCUUUCUCUUCAUUACAUUCGGGCAUCUUAUCACAUCACUGUCUCCUCCACCAACAGUAGUUCCUCUCUUCCAUAGGCAUUUUGUGCUGUUAUGGAAUGCUCCUAUUUCUAAAUGCCAACAACUGAAGGUCCCUCUAGAUUUAUCGCUGUUCCAGGCGGUCACCACACCUGCCAGGGAACGCAAUCAAUCCCUGACCCUGUUAUACAAAAAUCGAAUUGGCCUUUACCCCUAUGUAGACCUCCACUCCUUGAAAGAGUAUAAUGGCGCCAUCCCGCAGAGGGGCAACCUGUCUGCUAGUUUGGAUAAAGCUAAGGAAGAGUUUACCCAGUACAUUCUGGACUCAACCACUGGUCUCGCUGUCAUGGAUUGGGAAGAGUGGCUUCCAAUGUUUGACCGGAAUUUGGAUGACAAGGAGAUCUACAAAGAACUCUCUGUCAACUAUACCCUCCAGCAGAAUACUUCCCUUGACCUGCAACAGGCAUUCAGCGAUGCCAGCCUACAAUUCCAGCAUGAAGCCAGACGUUUCAUGGAAGAGACUCUGAAAAUAGGAAUCGAUCUUCGACCUCUGCAUCUGUGGGGCUACUACUUGUUCCCAGACUGCUAUAACUAUGACUUUGAGGAGUCAAACUAUACAGGUACUUGCUCAGAGCACACAAAGCAGUUGAACAACGAGCUGCUCUGGCUGUGGGAGGUUAGCACUGCCCUUUACCCAUCAGCAUAUCUGCCAGUUUCUGUGAGUGGAAGCAGGAGUGCUGCACUGUUUGUUCGUCACCAGGUGCAAGAGGCAACAAGAGUGGCAGCCCUGCCAAAUCGGCGCCACACUGCACCAGUCUACGUCUACCUACGGCCUCUCUUAAGAGACCAAAAGGAGCUUUACAUGAAUGAGAUUGAUUUGGUAAGCAGUAUCGGUGAGAGUGCAGCCCUGGGAGCUUCCGGGGCUGUGCUAUGGGGGUCUAGUGCUGAUUACAAAGACAAGACCUCAUGUGAAGCCUUGUCUGCAUACCUAUCUGAUACUUUAAACCCCUACAUUGCCAAUGUCACCUCUGCGGCCCAGCUCUGUAGCAAAAGUCUCUGUCAAGGCAAUGGACGCUGUGUCCGCAAAAACUACAACUCAGACGAUUACCUUCACAUUAGUUCAGAAAGCCACCAAAUCAUUAGGAAAGAUGGGAAAUAUGUGGUCACGGGGACCCCCUCUCCAAGUGAUCUCACUUACUGGAAAAACAAAUUCACUUGUCAGUGCUAUGAAGACAGGAAGUGCACAGCUACAAUACCCGCUUUCUAACAGAAAAUGUUGUAGAACAAGUAGACAAAUUUAUUGUAUUUAGAGAGGGUAAUUCAUUUACAUUACUUCACUAAAAAGGUGAGUUAAUUUUUACACUAAUGAUAUACUGUAUACAGAGCACAUGAAAUUGUCUACAGUCUAAUAAAAUGUCACAUAAAAUUUAUAAUUAUGUCAAACUGUCAAACACAACACAUCCUUAUUUGAAUGAACUUCCGUUGUAUUAAAAAAUUAGGCAUUUUGAUAUCGAAACAAACACAUGCAUGUUGGAGUCAUUAUGAUGCAAAGGUAAAAAGAUAAGAAAAAAAAAAGAGUAAUAUUUAGGAAUCAGGGGCGUCUUAAAUUGAUCAAACUUUCUUUCCUUGGCACAUUUUAGUCUGCCUGGGGUUUGACAUGAAAAGCCUCUUCUGAAUGUUAUCCUGCUGACUACACAUAAACAUAUAUAAUGUAAUGCAAGUACAGUAUGGAGACAGCCCUUCAGGGAGCGUUUUAACCAAGAGGUUGCAGAUUUAAACCACUAGGAGUCGUUGUCUCUGCAUUACAUACACACUUGAGUGAACUACAGUAGACCUUCUACUGUAACAGUGCAAAUACUGAAUCUGCAAGCUAUGAUGCCCUAUACUAGCUCAUAUCAUUAUGAACAUUACAAUGUACUCAACUAUCCCACACAAUGUUGCAUUUUUCAAAACGUUUUGUUUGCGGACGUUUUGUUUGUCGUACAUAGACGAUCUCUCCUCAAUA